AUGUCGACUCCUACGACCAAAACGCCGACGGUGGUCCGAAGCCAUUCAACCUCAUCUCGUCCCUCACGAGCACCAUCCGAUCUUCCCCAUCGAACACGGAGUGUGGCGGUCCGACCAUCAACCACAUCCCAGCCUCCUCCAACCCACUUGUCACAUUCCAAAACCCCCUCACACGAUAGGCGCCCUCCAUCAAAUCACGCUCCACUUGAAAGUGUCGCCCGCCGCGAUUUCGAAGCGUCCAAUGUUGCGCGGAUGCCCUCUCGUCGUGAGGCGUCAUCGGAACGAUCCCAGGAACGCCCCUCAACCGCUCGCACCGAAACUACCCGAAGGCACCAAAGAAACCCCUCAGCGGGAGGACGUCAAAGAGACAGCGUCGAUAUGACACCGAGCUCGACCGCACAAGAGCCUGCGCAAAAUGCGACCGGAACAAAUGCCCCCGCGGCGGCAGCUGCGCCUAGACGACGGACUACGAUCACGACGCCAACGGGUCAGUGGGCCUUGGGCAAAACGAUAGGCGCUGGAAGUAUGGGCAAAGUAAAAUUGGCGAAGAAUACAGAGACUGGAGAACAGGUUGCCGUUAAAAUCGUACCACGACUCUCGACUGAAGAACAUCGCACCACCCGGGAGACAGAAAGAGCAGACCGCUCCAAGGAGAUUCGGACAGCUCGAGAAGCCGCUAUCGUCAGCCUGGUGAAUCACCCGUACAUCUGCGGGAUGAGGGAUGUCGUCCGGACAUCCUACCAUUGGUAUAUGCUUUUCGAAUAUGUCAACGGUGGACAGAUGUUGGACUAUAUCAUCUCCCAUGGCAAACUCAAGGAAAAGCAGGCCCGCAAAUUCGCACGUCAAAUCGCCAGCGCAUUGGAUUACUGCCAUCGCAACAGCAUCGUGCAUCGCGAUCUGAAGAUUGAGAACAUUCUGAUCAGCAAGACUGGUGAUAUCAAAAUCAUUGAUUUCGGUUUAAGCAACCUGUUCUCACCAAGAAGCCUCUUGAAGACUUUUUGUGGCAGUCUUUACUUCGCUGCGCCGGAGUUGCUUCAGGCCAGACAAUACACGGGGCCCGAAGUUGACGUAUGGAGUUUCGGAAUUGUUCUUUACGUCUUGGUUUGCGGAAAGGUACCCUUCGAUGACCAGAGCAUGCCUCAGCUGCAUGCGAAAAUCAAGAAAGGUGUUGUGGAGUAUCCUCCAGGUCUCACUGCCGAAUGCCGCCACAUCAUAUCACGCAUGUUGGUUACUGAUCCCAAGCAGCGCGCCAGCUUGGCCGAAAUCAUGAGCCAUCCCUGGAUGAACAAGGGCUUCAGCAGUCCUCCAGAGAAUUACCUUCCUCAGCGCGAGCCUUUGCAGAUGCCACUGGACCAAGAAGUAAUCGAAAAAAUGACUGGCUUUGACUUCGGGCCGCCAGAAUACAUCACAGCACAACUGACAAAAGUCCUGGAGUCUGAGGAUUACCAGCAUGCUAUUCGUCUAAACUUCCGCGAGCAACAACCUGUUUCCAAUCACCCAGAGCGCAAGCGUGGAGUGUUCGAUUUCUACAAAAGGCGCAACUCUGCAGCCAGUCGUGAUACUCUUUCUGCGCCUUCGGCCGAGGCUGUGCAGCUGGGCAAUGAUCCCUUGAAUGCUUACAGUCCUUUGGUCUCUACAUACCAUCUUGUCAAAGAAAAGAUUGACCGGGAACGGUCUGAAGCGCGUCCCGGAGCCCUUGGCCUGCGCCAGACCCCUAGUGAAAUUCACGUGCCCGAUCUGCGGCCCCCGGAAGCCGCCCAUACUAACCAGUACCAGUUGGCAGGAGACAAAGAUACAGGGCGACGAUCUCGCCCCCGGGCCCGCACCCACGGCGAGGAAGAUGUCGCAGAAGGAAUGGGAACACUCCAUUCUUCGUCGCCAUCUGCUCACGCAGUUCCGACUUCACACAUGGACACGCCUGCCAAGAAAGAAAGUACCGCCGCUGGACUCUUGAGGCGGUUCAGUACUCGCAGGACCAAAGACCGCAGCCGCGAUGUCGAGCGCGAACGGACCAGCACACCGAAUACACCCACACUCAAUGUCCAACCUCCUGCCGAUUCAGCGUCUCCUAUACACCGUGGUUUCAGUGUCAGGAGAACCCGACGAGCAGAGCCUUCUCCGGUUGGCACCUCUUCUAAUGACAGUCGACCACAGCAGGAUCUGUUGGCGGCGCCCGGCUCGGUUGAUCGCACAGCUAGAUCUAACAAGUUCUUGGAGAGGUCCACCAGUGUCAACUCGGCUGACUACCGACCCCGGAGAACUGCACGGAGGAGUGAUGCCGAUGCACUGGAUGCUUCUGCGGAUCCUCAGGCACCUUCAACCAGUGGCUCUGAUCAAGUCGGUCCCAACAACCAGAAAGAUGCAGCCAUCUCACGGCCCGGUGGCCGUACACACACUGCGCGCACCAUGUCGUUGGGACACGCCAGACGAGAAAGUAUCCAGGCUCGCCGGGCUCGCAGGGAUGCCACUCGAGAAGCCAAUGUCCCUGAAGAGACAGAUGCAGACAUCUCAGGCGCAGGUACCGCCCUGGAGAGCGCCAAUGAAGGAGAAGACUUAUCCAAACCGGUUUUCCUGAAGGGACUUUUCAGUGUUUCAACCACCAGCAGCAAGCCAUUGCCUGUUAUUCGGGCCGACAUCAUUCGCGUCCUCCGACAGCUUGCUGUAAACUAUGAGGAGAUCAAGGGUGGCUUCAGCUGUCGCCAUGCCCCUAGCAUUGACCUUGACAAGGUAGUUGAUGUUGCUCCUCCCAGCCCCGAGCGGCAAGGACAAAUGUCCGGACACCGCCGUCGCAUCAGCUUCGGUGGCUUGCUCAACCAUGAUGACAGCCGAGACGACAGCCGCACUGGAUCUUCCAAACUUCGUCGUGCCCAAGCCGCGCCGGAUCGCAGCUUCACAACGAACUCGGACGCCUCUGAGGAUUACGUUGCACGGGAACAUGGUGCUGUCGGCGAGCGUGUCGUCGGUGAGACCACCACUCGUGUGCAGAGUGACACUGGUGAAAACCUAGUUCUCAGGUUUGAAAUCUUGAUCGUGAAGGUCCCAUUGUUUUCACUACAUGGAAUUCAGUUCAAGAAGGUAUCAGGCGGCAUGUGGCAGUAUCGAGAGAUGGCGAAGAAGAUUCUCGACGCUUUGAGGCUGUGA